AUGGAAAGGAUACCCAAUGACGUCAAAGGUGCUUUCCCCGAGCAGCAACCCAAAAUUAAAUGUGUUAUAGUUGGGGAUGGUGGAUGCGGUAAAACUUCAAUGCUGGUUGUAUAUACGGAAGGCGAAUUCCCUGAAGUGUACACGCCCACGGUGUUUGAGAAUUACAGCAGAGAGGUGGAAUUAAAUCGAAAGAAGGCGGUGCUAACAUUGUGGGAUACGGCGGGUCAGGAAGAUUAUGACCGGCUUCGACCUCUCUCUUACAACAACGCAGACAUCAUAAUCAUCUGCUAUGACGUCACAAACCUUUCAAGCUUCCAGAACGUAGAAAUCCGAUGGUCGCCAGAAAUCCGCCAUUUUUGCCCCCACACGCCUACGAUGUUGGUUGCGUGUAAAACUGACCUGAGGUCUCAGGUGAACUCGGAUUCAAUUUCAAACUCUAUGACUCGAUCUGCUUCCAUGGCAACCACAUUAACAACAACUGGAGUAGAUUUAACAGAAAUGACGUCAUCUACGUUAAGUGUAAAUUCGGUACGCGCAGAAGAUGGAACAGACAGACACGAUGAUCAGGCAAUAGUUACAACCGAAAUGGGCGAGAAGAUGUCGAAACACAUCAACGUCAAUCAUUUUGUUGAAUGUUCUGCCAAGGAUGGCACAAACAUUGAACAAGUAUUUAAACUUGCAAUCGAAUGCGUCAUUAAACGUGAAGCAAAAGUCGGUCCAAAAAACUGCUGCUGUUGUUUGCUAUUGUGAUACGCUGUUACGUAAAUAAAUUGACUGUGUAGGAAAUGCCUAACAAAUCAAUCGCG